UCGGUUGCCAUGGCGCGUCAGGACCCUGGAGCCGCCUCACGAGCUCAACCGAAGUUCUAGCGUUAGUUCCAGAGAGCCGGGAGCAGCGCGCGCUGUGACCUUCCGCGGGGCUGAGAUGGACCGAGCAGCAGAUGAUGAUCAGAUCAGUGUUGUGGAGUCGUUAUACUCCUCCUCUCCUCCUCCUCCUCCUCCUGUCUCUCUGUCUCUCCCUGUCUCCUGCUCGUCCUCUCCUCUCUUGUCCUCUCGGCAGGUCACCGCCCGUCUCUACUCCUCCCUCCAGCACAGCCGAGAGCAGGAGGUCAAAGGUCACCAAGCUGAGACCCAUCGCACUCUCACGCCCAGGCAGGUGUCCUUUAAUGUGGCAUCUCCUCUGGUUACUAUGACAACGGCUGCAUCUUCCGAUAGGCUGAAUGUGUCCCAGGAGGCGGAGUUUGGUCUCAGUGCAUGCUCCUCCAGUGACCUGAGGAUCUCAGGUGUGGAGGAGGCGGAGUCAGAGCCAGAGCCAACCAAUGAUGAGCUGCACCUGAAGCUACAGUGCGGGACCAAGCUCGCGAACGGCCGGCGGCACAUUGAGGAAAUGGAGAACGUGAGGAGUCAUUUACAAACAAUGCUGAGAGGCAGAGCUGCUGACACACAUGAGCUCCUCCCCUCUGUGUUACAGCAUCAUCAGGACAAUGAGAGUGACACCACCUCUCACCUGCUCAGUGGCGUCGAGGAGUUGUUCCCACGGUAUUCGCGUCUCCGUGCUGAUUUUGACUCCGCCCCUUAUCACUCUGUCUCUGAGCUGCAGGUGAUCAGAGAGAGUCUGGAGAGAGAAAGAGCAAGACGCAAGCACUCUGAGCAGCAGCUCCUGGCGGUACAGAAUAAGGCGUUAGAGCUGCAGCAGCAGUUAGCCCUCGCUGUGUCCGCGGAUCGUAAGAAGGACAUCAUGAUCGAGCAACUCGAUAAGACUUUGGAGAAGGUGGUGGAGGGGUGGCGCCGACACGAGCGAGAGAAGAGUGAGGGAGUGAGACGGCUACAGGAGGAGAAGGAGGCAGCAGAGAGUGUACAGCAAAAACAGAGAGAGGUUUUGUCUGGCCUUGAGAAGAGCUUGUCAGAGGCAGCAGAGACGCUGGACAAAGAACAGAAACGCAACACAGACCUACAGAGUACCAACAAACAGCUGGAGUGUGACGUGGCUGAGCUGCGUGUGUGUGUAGGGGAGCUGGAACAGCAGGUGGAGCGUCUACACACUCAGGUGGAGGAGAAGAAGUCCGAGGUGGAGACGCUCCAAACACACAGCCUGGAUCUACAGCAACAACUGGAACAACACACUCUCCAGGCCAAACACACACACACACACCUGCAGCAGGAGCUGACACGGCUCACACAACAGCUGGAGACAGAGAGGGAUCGGGUGGGUCAGGAGGUGCAGCUGCGUGAGGAGGCCCAGUCCAGACUUCAGCAGCUGCAGCAGGACCUGGAGGAGACCAGGAGAGAGCGAGACACAGCCAGAGUGGACCGAGCACUGGACCAGGCGCGGUUUGAGGCUCAGCGCUCGCAGUGGGAGGUGGAGCUCCGCCUCUCUGUGGAGCAGCAGGUCACUGAGCGGCUGGCAACCGUACAGGAGGAGCAUGCUAACGCUACAGCUAAACUACGGGAACAGCACAGAAAGCAGCUGCUGGACCUAAGUGCUCGUCAGGAGCGAGAGCUGUCUGUCCAGUCGGACGAGUUCAGAGCGCAGCUGAAGGAGCGAGACGAGCGACAGCAGCAGCUCACGCGCGACUGCAACAGGAAGAUUGCAGAGCUACAGGAAGAGUUGGUUUCCAUGGAAACAAGUACACGGAGACUGGAGAUGCAAAGGGAGGAGCUUGUGUCUCGUCUGCAGGGAAUGAUGCGCUCCCAUUGGGCAGAGGCUCUGAGACUGCUGACCAAUCAGGAGCAGAUUGAAGAGGUGUUGUCUCCCUUAUCUCUGAGAGACAAACCACACUCAUCACCUCGAACUGAGGACACCAGCACCUUCAGCACAGCACACACUCUCUCUACAGUUGCUCCUCAGGCCAUGGUCCUGCAGCUGUGCAGACAGCGGGGGGUGAGGGGACAGGGGGACAGCGGAGGGGACGGCGGGGGGGACAGGGGACGAGCUGAGUCUGACUUCAGUCUGCUAAACCACAGUCACACUUUCAGCCCACUGGAGCCAGUGCUGGAUGACACACACCUCACAGGUGAUCUGUGGGACAGGACUGUGGGGGUGGAUAGACGGACACUGGACAGAGGAGGAGAUGGAGGGAGAGAACACAGAGAGAGAUCGGCUCACCUCCACACUCAGGAUCCGUCCUGCGACCCGAAUCCGACCCGGGUUCCGUCUGAUCACCUCGUCUGCACUCAACCUGCUCCCGGUCCAGGGGCGGGCACCACCACACCCAGUCUCAGACCCAACCGGGUUCAAGCCUCCUCAGGCCUACGGGCCAAUCACAGCUCAGAUACGGAGGCGGGGCAACACGAUGUGUCCAAGCAAGAAUACAGCAGUACUGGGAUAAAAGCCCCGCCCACACAUGAACAGCCCCUGUCAGUCAAAGUGCGAGCAGCUCCUCCUGCCUCCAGUGUGUCAGCUCUGUGUGAUGAGAGACAAAAUGACCUGCAGUACUACAUAGCAAAGCUGCUGGAGCGUUCUCCGGGUGAACCUCUGGAGGAACAUCAUGUGGAUCAGAGCAGGAACAAAGCAGAAACACAGUCUGCUAACUCAGGUGUGAGCUCUCAGAUGGAGGUGAAGGUGAAGCAGCUCGCUGAGCUCCUGACGCUGCCCCCUACACACACCACGCCGCAACUGCAGCAGCUCCUUAACAACCUCAGUAGGUCAGGAGACAUUGGUGUUGAUCUGGUUCGAGCUAAUCUGGAGCACAGACUGGCACAGCAGGACAAGAGGGAGCAGCGUCAGUCUGCAGCUCGCUCCAUGCACAACACGGCCACACGAGGGCGCCGGACAGGACCCCAAGGUCAAAGGUCAGGAUCUAAAGUCAACGCUUGGAGAUGAAGAAAUCUCUCGUCUGUGUGACAGGAAGUGAACUCUCAGUGUGUGUGUUUUGUGUUACUAAUUUAUUAUAAUGAAAUGUGUUUUUUAUUAAAUUCCUUAUUUUAUAAACUCCUGA